GUUAAAAUUCGUUGCCUACGUUAGCGGAUUUUCCUAAUUUUAGGACCAAUUUAAUAUUUCAAUGUUUUAAAUCUUCAUCGGAUAUAACUAUCUGUAUCUCUAAAUACAUUAUUGCAUCUUUUAAGUGAAUUAAAACCACAAUUAUGGCUUCGAAUGAAGGGCGAAGUGCUCAGUCAAACUUGCAUCAGCAAGACCUAACCAAAUUGGAUGUUACCAAACUAUCAGCUCUUUCUCCUGAAGUUAUAUCGAGGCAGGCGACAAUAAACAUUGGCACCAUUGGUCACGUAGCUCAUGGCAAGUCAACUGUAGUCAAGGCAAUUUCAGGAGUGCAGACUGUCAGAUUCAAAAAUGAAUUAGAAAGGAAUAUUACUAUCAAGCUUGAGCGCCUGUCCGACUCGGUUGUUAAAAUGUUUCGUGAAAGAGCUGAUGAGAGGGAUGAAAAUUUAUUCUUUGAAAAGUUGAAGAGAUCCAAAAAGAGAAACUUUUGUGCUGAUUCUGAAGAUGAAGAUGCACCAGCCCCUAAAAAACAAAAGAAAAACAGAAAGGAUUCUGAAGAAUUCAUUAUUGAAAAAAUCCUUGAACUUAAAUUUGAACAUGGCAAAGAAUAUUUUUACAUAAAAUGGAAGGGAUGGCCAGAUAGUGAAAACACAUGGGAGCCUAUUGAACAUCUUGACAACUGCCCAAGUAUUCUCAAACAAUUUCUUUCUGAUGAAGAAUUAAGACAUUGUAGUAAAAUGGAUCAAUUGAAAAAUGAAAUUUCAUUUGAUAACCUGCUGAGUGAAGAAAAUCUUUUGAAAAGGUUUGAUGAAAUAGAAAGCAAUGAUAUUGUGAAAUUAAAAGAUAGCUUAACAUUAAAAUUACUUUCAAUGAUAAUUUUAUCUGAACAGUAUGAAAGUUUUGCCACAGAACUUGUACAAGAAACUAGAGAUAUUUUACAACUGUAUGUUGUAUCCAGAAGACGAUGUCAGCAAUUGAUGAAAUUACGAAAGUGGGAAGAACAUAUAAACCAAGUAGAUAAAUCUAAAAAACUUCUUGUAGAGAAUAAUUUUGACCUAGCUGGACCACCAGAAAAUUUUACCUACAUUAAUCAAAGCAUACCUGGUAGUGGUGUCACAAUUCCUGAUGAUCCACCCAUAGGAUGUGAAUGCACAGCCUGUAACUGUCGCUCUAAGACAUGUUGUGGUAUGCAAGCUGGUUUGUUUGCCUAUACAGCCAAUAAAAGGCUUCGAGUUGCUCCCGGUACUCCCAUUUACGAAUGUAAUAAAGCAUGUAAAUGCUCAUCAGACUGCUGCAAUCGCGUGGUACAAGGAGGACGAAAUAUUAAAUUAAGUAUUUUCCGAACCUCCAAUGGAUGUGGAUGGGGAGUUAAAACAGAACAAAAAAUAAGACAGGGGCAGUUUCUUUGUCAGUAUGUGGGAGAGGUUAUAACAUUUGAGGAAGCUGAGAAACGAGGAAGAGAAUAUGAUGCUAAUGGGCUAACAUAUUUGUUUGAUUUGGAUUUUAACUCUGUUGAAAAUCCCUACGUAGUGGAUGCAGCUCAUCUGGGAAAUGUCUCACAUUUCAUAAAUCAUUCCUGUGACCCUAACUUAGGUGUUUGGGCCGUGUGGGCAGAUUGUCUUGAUCCUAAUCUGCCUAUGUUGGCUUUAUUUGCCACCCGUGACAUAGAACCUGGAGAAGAGCUCUGCUUUGAUUAUUUGCAAAAAGCUUCUGACAAUGAUGAUGCUGAUACAAACAGUUCUUCUAUUAGUAAAGAUAGUUCCUAUGAUAAUGAGAUACCGAGUGGUUCUGAAGCUACCACAGGUAUCAACCCAGUGUCCCCUGUAAAGUCAAGAUUUGAAAUCCAACAGCAAAAUAGAGCAAUGCUAAGAAAUCUUACUGAAUGCAAGUGUGGUGCUUUAAAAUGUCGCAAAUAUUUGUUUUGAGUUUAGGAUUUUAAAAUUGUGUUAGAUAUGAACUCCAGUAUUUGGGCAGGUUUCAAAUUAGAAGGAAUCUCAUCAUUCUAUGUCAGCCUUGUACCAAAGAAUUCUGUGAAACUCUUUGAAAAAAUCAUAGAAUUCCUGUUUAAAAAUAAACAUGCAUCACAAUUAUUUGUUUACAUCAUCUGAAAUUCUUAAAUCUUGUGUCCUAAUCAUGAUGGUUAUUAUACCAGCCUUCUGAAACAUGUAUUUGAAUUGGUUAUGAAUUAUGCCUGCUAAAAGAUUUGAAGGUGCUGAUAGUAUGCCUUAUUUUUAUACAACAGUACGUAUAAGUAUUAUAGAGAGAGGAGUAAGGAUUCUUUAUCCAUGUUACAUAUUGACAGUAUAGUUAUGUAGGUUUAUGGUUAGGUAAGAAAUUGUUAAGUACAAACAUGUUAUUGUACUGAAUUAUUUUGCUUCAACAUUUAGUUAUAAAUUGAAUAACAUUUGAACUGUAUUGUAAGUAAAAUGACAUAGUAAUUAGUUCUUUAUAAAGAUUUUCCAUUUUUGUUAUAGUUUAAUUGAAUAAAGUUUAAAUACCCAUAA